AGAAAAUCUAUCAUCUAAAUUUCCGCCUUAAACCCACGAAUCCACUACCUGCCAAAUCCAAAAAUCUUCUCUCGUUCUCUCUCAAGCACACAAAGAGAAGAGAAAAGGAGAGAAAAUUUGCACAAACAAACAAAUUCAAGAAACGAGAGAGCAAUUCAUAGAUAAACCCACCAACAAGCAACGCCAAUCAAUGGCUGAAUCCCAACUAACGCUUUCGCUUCCUCCUCUGCCUAAUCACAUGGUCCCUCCAAUCCCAUCUGCAGAUCCACCUCCUCCACUAGUUUACUCUCUCCAAUCCCCACCGCCGUCCACUGCGCCGCCGCCUCCACCUCCUCCUCCUAUAUUCUUCAAAAGACCCUCGGCUAGGGUGACCUCUGAGUUUGACAGUGAUAGCUCCUUAUUCCUUCACAAGGUCUCAUGUAAGUUGUUUGAUAGUUUGGUUAAACUCAAGGUCUCUUUCCAGAACAACAACAAAGGAGAGAUCUCUGAUUCCCAGAUUUCCUUUACUUCAAAACUCCUCUCAAUUCACUAUGAUCCUGCAGAGCAAAAUGCUCUUAUCAAGGGCUCCUUUGAUGUGGGUCCCAACUUGCAACUCAAGGCUGCCCAUGAUGUCAAGGCUCAACGAGGAGAGGUGUCAAUGGUUGCAAAGCUUGCUGAUCCUGGCUAUGCACUUGAGCUGUCAUCUCCUGUUCCGACAAUUGGUUUGCCUAGAGCAACCUUCAAAUUCCCUAUCGGUGAAGUUUCACUUGAGGAGAGAGAAGAUGAAGAAGUGAAAAGAACAUUGUCAAUAGGUGGAAUGGUCAAAGGCAAGAUGCUGAAUGGACUAUGCGCUGCCCAGUUCAAUGAUGAAGAUUUGAAAUUAAGAUAUGCUUAUAAGGAUGAAGAACUUUCGUUCAUCCCUAGCAUUUCUUUGCCAUCAAAUGCUUUAUCAUUUGCAUUGAAGCGUCGGAUCAGUCCCAAUAAUAAGCUGAGCUAUUGGUACAAUUUUGAUUCCAACAACUGGAGUGCUGUGUACAAACACACAUAUGGCAAGGAUUACAAAUUUAAAGCUGGCUAUGAUUCAGAUGUGCGCCUAGGUUGGGCUUCGCUUUGGGUUGGAGAUGAAGGAGGAAAGGCAAAGACAGCCCCGAUGAAGAUGAAAGUCCAAUUUAUGCUUCAAGUUCCACAAGAUGAUAUCAGAUCCUCAGCAUUAAUGUUUCGUGUUAAAAAGAGAUGGGAUAUAUUGUAGGUUAGUGAUAGAUGCUCUUUUCGCAUACGUUGUCGGUUCGACAUAAGAGUAGUUCUGAAUGAUAUUCUAAUGUAAUGCAUAUUGCUACAUAAUGAUAAAACAUGGUUUUGAUAA